UAGUAAUAAAGAACCAUGAAACACUAGUCAGUAAGCGCAGGGAAGAAAAAAUUCUUUAUUGCUGAAAAAUGUUGUCCUUUGCAGUCCUGAUUUUUUCUUAGUCAAGAAUGGACAAUUCAGGAAGAAAGAAAAAUUAGAGCCAGAAAAACAUUUCAAAACUAAUAUUAUAAAAAACAUUAAUCUGAUUAUCAGCAGGAUGCUACAGUUGUACAUCCAACAUGAAACUAUAUUGUGGACUCCUGGCUGUUAGUUUUCUGGAAGAGAAAAUCCACUCAGAUGGUAAAUUACUAUUAUUUCUGUCAUACUUUAUCUAAAGCAGUAAAUAAUAAUAACAGUUGUAGUUGUAAUAAUGUAUUAUGGUACUCCCACCAAGAAAAAGCACUUACUGUGCACCAUACAAAUACAUAAUGGGAGAGAGUCCCUAACUCUGAUGAGAAAAGAGUCUAAACAGAUGUGCGAGAAAGAGACAGCAAAAGAGAAAGCAAGGAUUGGGGAAGAAUUUAAAACACAGGUAAAGGGAUGGAGCAGGAGGGGAGCAAACACUUUAAGUAACAGUCAUCAACAGUGUCCUUCAGUUAAUGCUUGCACAGAUUUCUUUCUGCAGCUGCUCUGCUGGCUUCAGCCUCCAAACAGUUUCAUUUCCAGCCGCAGGGAAGGAAGGAGAUACACUACAGUUUUUGUGCUCUCAGAGUUGAGGAACCUGCUGCACAGCCUUGAGUCCAUAAUCCAGCACCCACAAACCCUAAUUGGGAUGACAGCCCCAUUGCAGUGGCUUCCCUGUGCCAAGAGAAAUAGGCAUGGUGUCUUUCCCAAAGCAACAUGUGAAGGAGACAGAGGAGACCACGCAUUUUUGAUCCAUUAGUCCUCCAUGCAUGCUAACACAUUUCUGGAAACACUACACAGAGACUGGAGACAGUGCAUUUGCUGACGCCAACUGUAAUCAGAAGCAUUUCACAGGGACGAUUGCUGGCAGAAGUGGUGCUGACUGUGGAAAAGAAAACAGUGAAUGAAAAGAAGUUACAGUAAAAACAGCCAAAUUAAAACAAAACCCCAAAACUCCUCUCUUGUUCAUAACAGCUUUAUAGCUUAUAUAGGCACUUCUGUUUCCUGCAACCCUCCUACUCCUGGUCCCUCACAGCUCCAUGAAACCUCAUUGCUGAGGGCCAGAUUCUCAGCGACAGUGUAGGCUGCACAGUAGUGGAUCUGCAGACAAACAGAACCUGAACUGAAAUUAAAGAAGGUGAGGGAAGGUUGCUAGCUUACUUUACAGAUGCCCCAUAAAAAUCCCCAAAACCAUUCACUAAACCUUGGAGGAAAGGCAUUUUCCCCUAAUAGCAGGCUAUGGAACUUACUCUAAGUUUUCAAGUGACUAUUUUAUUUUUUAAUUAAGGUUCCAGUUGAAUGAUACCUUCCGUCGUCACAGCAAAGCAUGGACAAAUUCUCAGUCAAUCCACAGAACAGCAGAGAGAAUCUAUAGAUGUAACUGGAGCACAUUCUCCUGAUGCCCUGAAAAACAAAUCAACAUUUUCUUUUCUAAAAUGCAGAAAAACUGUUCUCUCUGCAUCAGGAUUGCACAAAGAAACUUGGGAAAUAGGACUGAAUAUGACAGAACCAACUUCCUCAAGAUACAAAUGCUGGAACUCUGUGGAGUGCUGGGUUUUUUGUUGUUUUAAAGACUUCAGAGGGAUGUGCCCAAAAAGCUGCAUGGGUGGAGCUCUAGCCUGCCAUUCUGGUUUGAAAUGC